GUGUCCCCAGUAAGCAAACUGUCAGCGGCCGACUGAGUGAGCCGCAAAUUUGCAGCGAACUGAAAUUUGAGUUAGCUGCAGACUCAAAUCAAUUUUCGUGCGUCGCAAGCAAACUUGAGAGAGUUAGCCGCUUAUUUAGCCGACCGACUUAAUUAUCACUUUACUUUUGUUGUACGAAGGGAGUGGUUGUGUUGGUCACGAUGGAUAUUUUUGAAGUAAUUGGUAUCUUAGAAGCGCUGAAAGAGGAUAAAAGGAAGCACUGGGUUCACCCAUUAUACAAGAAAAGGUUGAGCAUUGGACAAUUUCACACUCUUUAUCCAGAACUAAGGAAACAUCCAGAAAAAUUUUACGACUAUUUCAAUAUGACUUCUCAUACAUUUGAUGAAUUGCUUAAAUCUAUAACCCAGUACAUAGCUAAAAAUAAUAUCACAAGAGAUACAUUAUGUCCCGAAGAACGGCUUACUAUAACUUUGAGAUUCUUGUCAAGUGGACUAAGUUACAGAAAAAUUGCACAAGAGUUUCUUGUUGGAAAAUCGACGGUAUCGAAAAUAAUAAGUGAAACUGCAUGCAUUAUAUGGGAUAUUUUACAGCCACAGGAAAUGCCGGAACCUUCUGAAGAAUUGUGGCUAGAAAUAGCAAAACGAUAUUAUAAAAAAACCAACUAUCCUAAUUGUAUAGGAUCUAUCGAUGGCAAGCAUAUCCGUAUUAGAAAACCACCAAAAAGUGGGUCUAACUAUUUUAAUUAUAAGAAGUUCUUCUCAAUUGUUCUGUUAGCCGUAGCAGAUGCAAACUGUUCUUUUAUAGCUAUUGAUGUAGGUGCUUGCGGACGAAAUGCUGACAGUAAUAUAUUUAAAGAAAGUGGUUUUGGCAAAAAAUUGGCGUGUGGGUCUCUGAAGAUUCCUAACUCAACUAAAUUGCCUAAUUCAAAUGGAUUGCCCCAACCUUUCGUGUUUGUGGAGAUGAGGCAUUUGGAUUACAAAAGCAUAUCUUGAGGCCUUUUCCUAAUAAAAGUUUAAAUAAGGAAGAGCGAAUUUACAAUUAUCGUCAUAGUCGAGCUAGGAGAUGCGUGGAAUGUGCAUUCGGCAUCCUAACAAGCAAAUGGAGAGUUCUGCAUACACCGAUCGCUACUAAUGUGAAUACAACCAUCGCUAUCGUAAAAGCCGUUUGUAUUUUACAUAAUUUUGUCAUAGCAAGAGAACAAGCACAAUAUGCACAUAUUUCGCGACGUACCUCAACAACUCUUACAAGUUCAAGGAGCCAAAUUAUUACUGUAUCAAAUUCUGGAAAAACAACAAGAGAAAACUUUAAAAACUAUUUUCUUAACGAAGGAAAGCUAUCCUGGCAAGAGAAAUAUUUGUAAGUUGUAGCUACAGGAAGAAAUAGUGUAACGGAGUGUGUAAAGCCGUAAAUACUAUGUAAAUUAUGAUACUUUGUUUUAUGUAGUGAGUGAUACAAGUAUAUUGUUGAAUAAAUAAUAAAUUCAUUAGAAUGGAA